UUUGCCAAAGUAAACAAUGGGGAACAGGAGGUUCAAACAGGUCUCAACCAGCGACGAAGAAGUUGAGGAAGAAGUUCAAGCUCAUUCUUCACGGCAUCCUUCGUCUUCUUCACGUCCGGAACGUCAUAAGAAAAAGAAGAUUAAGAUUGCCGAAGAAGAAUCUGAGAGCAGCGAAAACGAAGAUGAAGCGGUGGCAGAGGAUGCGAAGCUAAUUGGAGAAGUUAUCAAGGUUUCUGGUAAAGGCAGAUGGCGGCGAACUCACUAUAAUGCUUUCGAGUACGACGGGAAUCGAUUUGAGUUGGAAGAUCCAGUACUUUUAACACCUGAGGAUCCUGAUCAGAAGCCUUAUGUCGCUAUCAUUAAGGAUAUUGCACAAACCAGUAAUGGGAGUGUGAUGGUUACUGGGCAGUGGUUCUAUCGUCCUGAGGAGGCGGCAAAAAAGGGGGGAGGGAGCUGGGAAACACGUGAUACUAGAGAGCUGUUCUACAGUUUCCAUCGUGAUGAGGUUCCAGCAGAAUCUGUAAUGCACAAAUGUGUGGUGCAUUUUGUCCCUUUACACAAGCAGCUUCCACAACGCUCACAGCAUCCUGGUUUUAUCGUCCAAAAAGUGUAUGAUACUGUAGAGAGAAAACUUUGGAAAUUAACAGAUAAAGAUUAUGAGGACAGCAAGCAACAUGAAAUUGAUCUUCUAGUUCAGAAAACUCGAGAACGUCUAGGAGAACUUCCAGACGUUGAGCCUGAAGAGUCCCCUGCUGAACAGGAAGAUCCAUUGAAGAGUAAGCGUUUACUCAGAAGGAAAAAUAUAUCUCCACUCGAUGUGUCAAGGGAAGACGAUGUGGCCACCAGAUCUGAUCUAAAAGCAGAAACACCAGGAAGUGGUGCCAAUGAUGCUUCAGAGUUUUAUUCAAUAUUAGUAAGCUUCAAGGCUUUAACUGGAGAUUCAUAUCGUGACAAAUGUUUGGCGAGACUUCUUCAAGCAAUUCAGUAUGUAUGCAUCUCUAAGGAUAAUGUGCAGGCGGAUGAUAAAGAAAAGGUUGGAUCUGCAUGCACUGAUCAUGCUGCAAGUGGCAGCAAUGUCACAGAAAUUGCAGUGGGCUAUCAAGAGAGUAUGAAGGUUGAUGACGCAUUCCACUGGCCAGAUGCUGCUGUUUCGGCAGUAACUGCUCUUGAGAGGGUCUCACAUGAAACUCUUGCCUGUGAUUUUACAAAGUAUAACCAGAAGAUAAGACAGCUAAUAUUUAACCUCAAGAGCAAUGCGAUGCUAGCCAGACGUCUAGUUAAAAGAGAGUUGGAACCUUCAAGAAUUCUUAACAUGUCGCCUAAUGAACUAAAGGAUGCUCUUACAGCAGAAGAAACUCCAAAGAAUGAGCCUGAAGAAUCAGAGCGCAUGCAGAUGACAGAUGCUCGAUGUUCACGAUGCACGGAGAAGAAAGUGGGUCUAACAAACAUUAUACAAGGAGGAGCACGCGGUGACCGCUAUCAGUUGCAAUGUAUUGCAUGCGGUAACACAUGGUUUGCUUUCCGAGAUGAAGUCUCUACACUGACCAUAGAAGUGGGAAGUGUUGCUGCGAAUGUGGGCACUGCACCAUGGGCCACAGCGAAGUUUGAAGAUGUUGAGAAAAAUCUGGUUAGUCCCCGUGAGACUGAGAAACUGUCCGGUGAUAUUUUUAAGAAGAAAACUGCGGCUUACAUGCCCGUCUUGCAAGCACAGAAAUCAUUUGGCAAGGCAAAAACCGAAGAUCAUUCGCCUACCUCUAACAAUGCGGAGUAGAAAGUAUACCAAUUGUUUGUAGUUUGUGCAGCUAGUUUUUUUUUUUUUUUUUGUUAGUUCAAAGGUAGGGUACUUUUUGUACAGCUAAUUGCCUACUUGUAUGUUUUUGCCUGGGUAGUUAGGGAGCUUGAUGUGUUUUUUAGUGUUCUUUUCAGUGCAUAGCUACACAGUUUAGAUAGAUGUCACUCUGCCAUGUGGAUGUGAACUCAGCUUAUAUGUUUCCCACGGCUUGGGAGUAGAAACUGCACCCCAUGGUGGUGGGGGAUGCACCUGUUAGUUCUCACUUUAAACAGAGUAGCCAGUACCCACAAUAUCCAAAUCUUUGUUGCCAUCGAUGGUGUUAACCAUUCAGUAUAGGAAUUCUGAAGAAAAAGUUUCUCACAA